AUGGCGGCGGAUGUUUUGGUGGAGGAAGUGUUCAAUUUUAUCUGCGGUAAUGGAGGUUUUGUGGAGUUAUCCGUUCUUUUAAAUCCGUCAUCGCCCUUAGGAAGUACAAAAUCAAAGGUAGAAGCGAAAAACUGGCUGACGAGUCAAGAUGAUCCGCGUUUAGUCGUCUUGAAAGAUUUCAAUGGCGAGAUAGCAGGUGUGCGAAUUGAUUUAAGAAGAAAAAUAUGUCGACAAUAUCACGACAAAGGUUCUUGUCGAAGUGCUCAAGGGAAGUGUAAGUUCUGGCAUAUUUGUAAAGGAUUCAUCGAAGAAAACUGCCAUGGCAAAUGCAAUCGCUUGCACAAUUUCUUUGACCCAGACAACAACGAGAAGAUGUUAAAAGAAUUGGGAUUGGCUAAAUAUCCGAACGGGACUAUCAAAAAUAUUGUUGCGUGGAGCUUACCACAGGUUUGUGAGCUGUAUACAAGAGGUAUAUGUACGUCGGAUUCAUGCUUAUACCUUCAUCUUUGUUCUCAAGCUGUCCGAAGUUCAGCGUGUUCUUGUUCUUUGUCACACAACCUCACGGAUUCUCACAACAUGAAGAUUCUCAAACAGUAUGAUCUGGUGCCUCAUCAGUCAGUGUCAACAGAUUUUGUUCGGUGCAAUAUUUUGGUUCCGAAGAAACAGCGUAUUCUUCACAAAGCUCAUGAUUUUUUACCAAGUGUUUGCAACGCCGGUGAAAAUUUCUCUAAGGAAGCGAUGGGAGUCAUACAAGGUACAAAAAAACAAUCGCCGGAAGUGUCUGCACCAUCCAGACAUGAAACUACAAAAUCUCCGUUUAAUACGAAACAAAGCUCGUACAAUAAUUCUGAAGAAUUCGAUGCUGCAUGCAGUUUUCAAGAUCGAACUGAAUUUGAGAAGAAGUAUUGCCCAUCAAAUCUUUUGCAAGAGAAGACAACCAAGUCGGGAGCACCAAUCUGUAAGCAAACUGAUCGUAUUAACAAUUUAACGAGUAAUGCAGUAUCACCAUCUUCUGAGAGUAGGCUUGAGUUUUCAAAUAUUCAAAGUGGAGACGAUUCUGAUUCGUCCUUUGAUGAAAACAAGCCUGCAAAUAGAAACACCAAAGCCGUUGGAUGUAAAAAUGACAAGAAAAAUUCGGUUGAUGCCAUGAAAGUUGGUGGUUUAAAACAGAAUCCUAUAAACAUGAUGAAAAACGAAUUGGAUGGAAAUGAUUCAAUGAAAUGGGAGCAAGGAUCUUUGAUUGACAAUUCGAAAAAGGAUCCAAAUAUUGACCAAUCGCAAAAGAAGAAAAGCAGAAACUCUGUGACUAAAGAGCAACAAACCAAGGCAAAGACUCAAGAGGUGGGAAGAAAUGCAGCCUGUAUGAAGGUGUUGAGUACACAACAACCGAAAAGUUUGGAUGUGUCACUUGACACAAAAGACAGUCAACGCCAACAUGAAUCCAACAGAGCCUCGGAAAGUGCCAAUAAAGAGCGGUUUGUGGAGGCCUGGUUGACAAGCGGCGAUUCCGUUGUUGAGUCUACUCUCAGUUGCACAGAUUCGCACAGCUUACCAACCUCACAAGAGGUGGAAUCUGGGCGUCAACGAAAGCUGUCUGUUUCCAGUUCUUGCAGCUCUGUUCAAGAUUCGCGUAAAUUUUCACCCUCCAAAAAGGCUGUUUUCGAUUGCAUUGUGAAAGAAUACAAUGGCACGGUGCCCUUUGAUGUCAUUUCAAAACGACAAGAUUUGUUUCCCAACGGUUGUGGGGACAUUGCCAAGUGGUUUAGAGCAAGGUCAAAAGAAAGCUUUUUAAUCAGAGAAAAGGAAGGAAUCAUUUACGAGGUUACUGCCUUCUGUCGAAAGGCAAGGUUUUGUUUCAAGGAAAAGUGUUCUCAGAAGGAUUGUCAGUACUUCCACGUGUGUAGGGAGUACAUUGCUGGCUUCUGCAGGCGUGGUAUUGAAUGCCAAAGAAAUCACUGUUUUCAGUACGAUCAAGAUAGGAAGUUAAUUUCCAAACACAAGUUGGAUGGUUUGACAGAAGAACAACUCCGCAACGUGUUUCAGCUUUCUACGCCUCAAGUAUGUCUGGAUUAUAACAAUGGACGUUGCACCAACGGUUUGUCUUGCGCCCAAGUACACAUUUGCAAGGAUUUUAUCAAGAAGAGGUGCGACGAUGAGGAAGACUGUGGUCUUCGACACGAAAGCGCGUUUGCCGAAGCUCACACCACUGAUGUACUUCAGAAAUAUGGCAUGAGAGUCACAGGAGGCAACUUUAAUUCAGUGCUUCGCACACUUUUGGUAUGCCAGGAGAACAUUUCCAGUGGUUUGAAAGACCCCAAGGGCAAUAUUACUGCAAAGGGCGUGGCCACUAAAGGGAGCAAGGGAGUUCAGCACAUGUCAUCAAAAGUGGGCGUGGCUGCAAGUGCCCCUGCUCAGCCGGCUGAGGUUAGAGUCUUCGAAUGCCUUUGCAACGAAUACGAUUGUUCUGCUUCUUUUUCCGUGAUUUCCAAACGAACAGAUUUGUUCCCGUCUGAAUUUAAGGAUGUAGAAGCUUGGUUUCGAAGCAAGAAAGGGAGCUUUCUCAUUACAGAAGACGAUCACGGAAAGGUAACCCAAGUGGACGCUUUCUCUACCAAAGCACGUUUAUGUCUCAGUUACAAUAACUCUUAUUAUGGGGAGUGCAAGAGAGAGAACUGUUCCUACUUGCACGUCUGUAGAGAGUACAUAACUGAUUCCUGUAGCAACGGAGCAACAUGCCCUCGAAAUCAUCACUUCCAAGAUGAAAGAGAAAGAGCUCUAUUGUCGAAGAUUAAGCUUGACAAGUUAACAGAUGAGCAACUUAGGAAGCUCGUUCUUUCAUCGACUCCCCAAAUCUGUGUAGAGUACAACAAUGGUUUAUGUGAUCUUGCUGAGUCGUGUUCGAAAAUACACAUGUGUAGAGAACAUUUAAAAAAGUGUUUUAGAAGGGGAUAUGGCUGUGACUUACUUCAUGAAGAAGCUAUGAACACUGAACACACCCAAGCAAUUCUUGAACGUUUUCAGCUGGGACACCAUAAAUCAGACCUGGUAAAGAAAAUUAUUCUUGUUUGUGAUCAGCGCGAGAAAUCCGCAUGCUCAAAAGAAAAAACUACAGGUACGUAAUGUAAAAUUCUGUCGUCCCUAUGAUAUCUCUAUUUAGGUAUACUGAAUUUUUGUUUUAACACGCAUUUUCCGUGGUUAUGAAAAAAAGUCGCUUCCUACGUAGGACGCUAAAAACGUAGUAGUCUUCAAGGUCCACAUAAAGGUAGUUUAAUGCUGCGGUUUUCGAUCGAGAAACCCGGGGUACAGUAAGCCUUACUUAUUAAAUUACAUUGUCAAACAGUAAGCUUGAACAUCAUGAUUUUAGCGAAAAGGGAAAAGUUAGCUUUAUAUAUGACACCAUGAAAGUGUUUAAAAGAGGGAAGCUGCCAAUUAAAGACGGAGAGCUAAGACGGGUUUUAAGAAAUUUAUACCCUGGCCGAAGGUUUAGAAAAGUUGGAUUUUCCAUGACCGUUUUGAUCGUGAACGUUAUAAGACGGAAAACCAGUUUGACAAAAAAUAACGAAAUAAAAUGAAUGAAUAUGAAUAUAAAUAAUAAGUUGUUAUCAUAUAUAUAAAUACUGUAUGAUAAUGCCUCAAUAGUCAGUGGAACAAAUUUUAGUAAUUACUGAAAGAGCCGUCAUUUCUCUCUCUUUUUCACGCAAGGCCUUCUGACAGGACAAGUUCUCGUAAACAAGCCAGUGGCACCCAUUUGCCCAGAGUUUAUUCUUAGCAAAUGUAAGAAUGGUUCUAAGUGUACAGGCUAUCACUGCUUUUUGCCUUACCAUUGGCAAUAUAGCGCGGAUGCAGGUGAAUGGAAGAGUUUUAAUGAGAAAGACAACGAGAAGCUAGAAAAACUGUAUUGUGACGUGACACUUGAGGAAUGUUCUGCUACAGGCAUGCAAAUAUCAUUUGAAAGGUAUGUUAUAGUAAUUAUACACUGAGAAUCUUGUCAAGUUAAUGGAUUUUCACUCAUUUACGGUUAUAAUAAUAAUGCGAAGUAAGUAGAGAUACUUCAGCCCAAAUCUAAUGUAUGAGAAAAAAUAAAGGAGUAUGGCCAAAUGCAAGGGCUUAAGACGAAUGAAGCAGAACGUUAGGAUUUUAUAGUAUGAUUCAUUUUUUUAAACAUGAAUUAUAGACCUCUUUCAUAAUGGCGGCUUAUUACUGUGAAACUCACAAAACCGUGAACACCAGAAAUAUUUAUGAAAUGUUAUUGUGUUACGAGGAAUUAGCCAAUAAGGCGCGAGAUAAAUAACACGCAAACAACAACGGUAAUUAGUUUGUGGUUUUGAGGUUUGGUUGCGUAUUUCUGAACUUUACCGUAAUUGGCCAGUACACAAUCAACAUUCCACGGUUUUCGGAGUUUGACAAUAAUAUACUAGAAAUACGUAUCUCGCAAUGAGUUUGACAGUAAUAUAUUAUUGUAUAUGUAUGAUAAUUAGCCAUUCUGGCCUCGUUAGCAUGUGAAAAAUACAAAAGAAUUUUAACUUUCAAACGAGGUCAGAAAGGCUAAUCAUCAUAAAUAUAAAACAAUAUUAGUAAGCCGCCAUUUUGAAUAAGGUCUAUAGCUUGACAUAAUUAUCAUUUUAAUAUUCAUAUUUUAGCAAUGGAUUUUUAUUCCUUGACGAGAUGUAUGAUGUCGAUAUUUUGCUCGAUAAUAAGCUGCUGAUUACACAGAAAGAUUUUGAGAGGUUCACGCAACUACGACGACUAUCUACGGAGUCUGACGUAAACUCAAGCAACCCUCUAGCUACGGAGUGGAUAUGGUACUGGCAGGACGAAAAUGGACUCUGGAGGAUGUAUGACCAAGACCACAAUGUGAGUAAAUAGUGGGAGAAAUCAUGAUUACAUCAGAGUUUUCCAUGGGGGUGAAAUCUUUACUAUAACAUCGUAUAUGGCUGUCGUCUCAGAGUAAUCGGGCAGAACCCCCGAUUAAGAGUUGGACUUGCUGGAUAUGUGACUUGCAUAUUAGGCCAACACAACAAUUAUCCAAGCAAUAUAUGGAGCGCGAGUAAAAGUCUAUAUAAAGUAGUGUAUGGUUUCUUGUCUCAUCAAGUUACCUUGUUAUUCAUAGGGAAAAGAUCUUCAAGAAUCCCUAGAAAAAGCCUUCUUGAACAUGAAAAACGAUUUCAAGUUUCGGAUUGCAGACCAGGAUUACAUUUUAAGUUUUAACCCAUCAAGUGACAUGAGCCAGACAAACGUCAAGUACGGCACGACGAAAAAAGUGAGAAGAAGGCCUAGAAAAUUUGUGUCCAAGGAUGACAUUUCCCAACUUAAAAGGUAUUCUGUGAUGUAGAAUUAAUUAAUAGCACGAACUUUAUCCCUUACGACCGAUAUGAUGGGCCAAUUUCUUUCUUUCAAAGUAAUAAGCAUAAAAUCUCACACUUUCUUAGGGUGGCCAAAAGAAAUGUUUUAGUAAAGCUCUGUUUAUUAGGAUAAAAACUACUGUAGGUACCCAGCAAGGCACUAAUUUAUGUUAAAUAUAACCACGGGUGUGGUCGCAUAUUUAUGAUCAGUCACAAAAAUAUGUCACGCCAGAUGGGCCUUAGCCUCCUGCGUAGCCGCUCGGGCCGAAGUCACGCAAUGCUCCCGUCUCCCUCUUGAUGUGUUGUUUAAUCUGUUGGAAGCUGGUCACUUAUAGCCGAAGUGUGUGUCGUGAAAAUGACUUCAAUGUGCUUUUACUGUUUGGGUCAAUUAUGGAGCCAAUAGCACCUUUGGGCUAACCUGGUGGUUCUGUCAAGGAAACCUUAUGAUGUUAGGAUUCAAGUGAAACGUCGGGUAAUAAUUCUCAGUUGCUCAGUUACUUACUAUAAAUUCACUGAAUUAUGCUAUAUGGAGCAUUCUUAGGAGAUAAACCUGGAUGACGAUUUGCCACUGCGUUACCAACUUCUUUUUUAGGUCUCAGAACGCAGUGAGCAUUCAGCAAGGGAGAAAUGCACGAGCCACCAAUAUGCCAAGUCACUGGUCUUCCAUGCCACCUACGAGGAAAUAUCAACGUGUUCCGUUAUCACGACUUUCUGACGAAUUUAAAGAAGUGGAAAAACUCUUCAAAAAGUCCAUCAAACGGAGUGUGUUAAUUGUUGGUAUUGAACGAGUGCAAAACCCUUUCAUGUGGGAAAAGUACCAAAGGUACUACUGAACAAAUGCAUUUAACGUAAGGUAUUAAAUGUUACAUCACCAAUAAACGUUUGCGUCGCUUAUUACAAGCUUAGAGGUGUGAAGACACUCUAAUUGUCCCCAAAACAUGACAAAAGACGAUAUCAAAACAUAAGGAUCACGAGGGCUUUAACUGAGUGCCCCUCCGAAUUUCGCGAGGGUUUGCGAGGCACUUUUUUCUAGUAUGGGCUGGUCACUUGUGAUAAAUAGUGUUUUUCAAUACAGUCUCAAUACAAAGUGUACUGAGGAGAGAUGGGGGAGGGGUUUGGGCUUAUUUAUUUCAAUACAGUCUCAAUACAAAGUGUACUGAGGAGAGAUGGGGGAGGGGGUUGGGCUUAUUUAAAAGGCACGGGCUUGCUAGAUUAUUUAUGGUACUUAAUUACCCUCAUAUACUUUAACUGCACCGUUCAUAGUCUUAUCAGAAGCAUAUAACCUUGGAGCGUAUAACUUCGUCGCAAUGCUCGGGUUUUUGUAGGGAACCAAUCAGAAUUUACUUCCUAAUAUGGAAUUACUGAUAAGCGGGGUUGUCGCUCGAGUGCUCUGUAGGAAAACUUGUAUCGCGUUGUAAAUGAUGCGGUACAAAAAGCACUUACUGUUUCACGAGGUGAUAUUUGACGAAAAACGGAAUAAAUGACCAGAACUGAGUUAGUUCCUCCUAACAUGUCAAAGUGGACUACCAAUGACACGUACCGUAAGAGACGCGAUUUCUUAAAGUUGUUACUUCAAAAACGGUUUUUGCGUGACGAUUAGCGCAAAUAACCUUUAAAAAAAUCACUUACUAUUUAUCUAAAAUAACUAGUAACACAUAUUUUUAAAUAAAAUUCACUAGAUGCUAAACUCGAAAGUAACAAUUGUAGAAGUGAUGCGUGUAAUAAGAAGAAUGAAACGCAAGUUAAUAAGACUUAGAUGCCGGCGAUCAUGUUUUCAACUAAUUUUAUGAAUGAACAAAACAGAAAGCAAUAAACCGCAAAUUGUUUCUUGAAAAUUUUUACUCGAAAACCCAUAAGUUUACCGUUAAAGCAUUCACGUAACACUUACUGGAUCGUGGAUCGCCACAAGUAAAAUCGCGCUGAGCAAAUGGCAAAAAUUAGCACUAAAAUUAUCUGUCGCUUUUCCCAAUUUUUCUUGAAAACUCUAUCAAAAAUAUAUGAAACGUGUAUGAAACAUUUAUAAAUACAUAAACUUCCUUUCCAUAACGUACUUUCCUUAAGCAUAAUUUGUAAAAUGCAAGUUUACCUGAAAAUUCUUUGAAAAGGUUGUUAAGUUGGUCGCAGUUCAAAAAAGGACAAGCGUGAAGGAAACAAUUAAGGUCGAAGUCCUCGAAGGUAAAUUUCGCAGGUUAAAACUUUUCUUUGAAAAAAUUCUUUCAAAAAUCAAAAAAUUACACUCAGAAAAAAAAGAUUUCGUCCGACUUCAUCGGCGCCUUGUACGACGCUUCUUCUGUUCUGCAAAGCUUGCCAUAUCAUUUUUUUUGUAGUCGCCAUGCUGGUUUUGCUGAAUGAGACCAGCUGUUGCAGAUACCUGGUUUGCUGUGGUAGAUAGGUUUGCAGCUAGUAGCCUGAGGAUGAUCUUUGUCGGUCAUACAGGUUGCAGAUACAUUUUGCUGAUUUCGGCGAGAGACUUUUCGAUGUGGUGAAGAAAUGUAAGCAUUCUUGUCUUACUUCGUGACUGGUCGAUGUUUUCAAGCCAUACCGCUUGCUUAUAACUUUUUUGGCUCUUCAUGUUCUCCCAGGGUUGCACUUUAUAUCAGCAUAAUUACUUUAUCUUUUAUCCCACGAAACGAUUUCUUUCGGUCGUAGGCAUACAUGUAUAAUAAGCGUUGCAAGCUCAAAAUUUUAACCUUAAAUUCUCUGAUUCCAUAUUUGGGCAAAAUAAUCUUCUGUGCUUCUGAUUGGACGGCUGCGUCGACUAAAAACCCCCAGCAUGAUUCUAAACAGAUAAGGAGAAGUUAGAUGCUUCGGGGUUAUAUGCUUCUGGUCUUGUUGACUCGGGUUGCUCUAGGCUCUUUCUCGCUUCCACUCGUUUCUUACAGUAAGCUCCUUUCCAUCCCAGCCUCUCUUUCCCUUCUCAAGGACACUUGAGGGGCCGAGGAAUUGGAUCUGAGGAGGAGAUUGCCAUAAAUUAGGUUGAAAUUUAUGACAUCGGUGCGCUUAUUUUCGUUAUUGAAAAACCCAGAUGCACGAUCUUCAGGUGUUAAUCCUCUUUUACAGUCAUUUAUUAUCAUUUAUAUUAUAAGCGUGAUUCAAUAUUAAAGCGAAUAAUAGGAUUUCAAGACCAAAAAUAAAAGUUGACUUUGAUUAUUAACUGUAUUUUAUUCAGGAAAAAGGAAAACAUGGCAGCAGCAAGGACUGGCUCUACCAAGGCACGGUUUGUUAACGAGAGGCAAUUGUUUCAUGGAACUAACCCUGAAAUUGUAGAAGCUAUCUGUAAACAGAACUUUGACUGGCGUCUUCAUGGGAAGAACGCAACUGUUUACGGUGAAGGAAGCUAUUUUGCAUUAAACUCCUCGUACAGCGAUAGUUACGCUAAGGAAGAUACCAAAGGGUCUAAGUUCAUGUUCGUGGCCAAGGUCCUCGUUGGGUCUUACACUAAGGGCCAGUCCAGUUAUCGAAGGCCACCGUCAAAGGAGCCCUCGAACCCGGCAAGCGAUCUGUACGAUUCUUGUGUUGAUGACAGGUCAUUUCCAACCAUUUUCGUCGUUUUUGAUACUGAUCAGUUCUACCCGGAAAACAUAAUCGAGUACUCCACACCUCGAGGCGGUCAUCAGCAGCCUGCCGGACCUGCGGCAAGAGCACCUGCUCCAAUACCUAGACGCUCACCGGCAGCAAUGGGAGUGGCAGCUAGAGCGCAUUACAACGCUGGCAGCCCAUCCACCAGUUAUCAGACGACCACAAGCUCGAGUGUGGGUUCGCGCGUUCAAGCACCUUAUUCAGGUGUAACCAGUGGUAUAGGCGGUUACACUUCCACAUCCAGCUCAACGUAUAAUUCUUCAUCUGCAAAUUAUUAUCAUUCACCCAUAGCAGGAGUGAGCCCAUAUACCAGUGCCUCAAGCCACUAUCAGUCUCCUCCAAUGGCGUCAACAACUACUUCAUACGCGUACUCUGGCGCGUCACGCAAUCAUUCGGUUUCACCCUCUUCGUCUCGGUCAUCCAGUUCUUCUAAGGAUAAACCAUGUUUAGUUAUGUGAUUUCCUCCAUCGUUUUUGUUGAGUUUGUGACGUUGAAAGAAGAAGAAAGUUCCACAAACUAUCUCAAAAUCUUAAAUCGUAACACCCAAAACUAAUUCUUCAACGCAAGGUUGUAGACUAGGGAAAUGUUUGGGCAGUCAAUUAAUAAGCUCACACUCUAUGAACGUUAUAAAUAAGAAAACGCAAGGGACUUUCUUACAUAUCUUGAAAAGCAGGAACGUAUUCUUUUAAGGUUGAGGUACGAAACUAAGUUAAUUGAAAAGUAUUUAGGAGUGAAGGGGUAAAUUUACUUUAAAUGACUUUAAUGUCUCAACUACAAAAAGCUUGUUUCUAUCGCAAUGAAAAUUUUAGUAAAAAAUUUAAUUACAAUAUGAAUUUAAGAUGUUAAAAGUAAUCUUGAAGUAUCUAAAUUGACUUUUAAUUAGUAUUCUGUUGCGCGCAGACAAAAAAAAAAGUGAUUUACUGCUUAAUAUAACUUGGGCCUUUGGCUCGUGUGCGCCUUUACCUUUAUGUAUAACGUAUUUAAUUUGUUGUAUUUAAAGAUUAAGUAGUUGUCCGUAGACCUUGAUCUUUGAGGGCAAAAGAAUGCCAGCUUUUCUUUCCACGCGCAUUAAUCACUGUUACUGACUCUAUAGAAACUAUUUUGUGAGACUAACCACAUGCAGCCGCACCCUCCCCCCCGACAAAGAAAAAUUGGAGAUAGGUAGGUCCCUGUCUCCCUUAAAUGGCAUAAAAAUGUGUACAGAUUACCCACAAAAGUGUGUGUUUCUCGACUUGGAAUUCACGGACAACAACAAAAACAACAACAACAACAAAACUUUAUUGAUAAGAAGAAGAUAUAACACCGCCUGCAGCUAGCAAGAUUAGUCGAGGCCGGACAU